CUCCACUCACACACACACACACACACACACAAUCAGGACUUUGGGGAAGACGGGGACAAUCCUGUUUGAUAAGGUCACUAUGUUGGGGAUCAGCUUGUGUUUGAGUGUCGCCGUCCACUUCGCCGUGUCUCAGGAAACCGAAGCUCAGGAGCCUGUCACAUAUACGUGCACUGAAGGUUAUGAAUUUGACUAUGAAAAACAAAGCUGUAAAGAUAUAGAUGAGUGCAAGACACUGCAGGAAGCCUGCAAAGGGGGCAUGAAAUGCGUCAACCAUUUUGGUGGCUACCUCUGCCUUCCUCACAACGCUCGGAUAAUCAUCAGUAACGGCGAGGAUGAGCCCACUACCCCCCCGCCAGUGGAAAGAGUAGAAGUUCAGCCCGGCUUAUCCCCCAACUCCAGGGGAGAUUACUCAAGAGUCAUUCAUAGCUCAACACAUACACUCCAGUGUAGCGUGGGUUUCAUGCCGGACUCUCAGAACUACUGCAGAGGUGAGCAAUGGCUGUCCCAUUCUCUGCUUGAUAUCAACGAGUGUGAAUUCUCAAACUACAUCUGCCAGUUCCAAUGCGUGAAUCAGCCCGGCGGAUACCAGUGCGUGUGUCCUGAUGGAUACCAGCUCCAAGGGACGCGGAUGUGCCAAGAUAUAAACGAGUGUGAAACAGCACACAACUGCAGAGAAGAUGAAAUGUGUUGGAAUUACUAUGGAGGAUUCCGUUGCUAUCCCAGAAACCCCUGCCGUGAGCCAUACGUCAAAACAGGCGAAGGACGCUGUAGGUGCCAGUCACCAAGUGUUUGCCGAGGACUGCCGCCUGUCAUUGUCUACAAGUACAUGAGCAUCUUUUCCGAACGCUCAGUGCCUGCGGAUAUCUUCCAGAUUCAAGCUACCAGUGUCUACCCCAACAUGGUAAACACCUUCACCAUCAAAUCCGGCAACGAGGGAGGAGAAUUCUACCUGAGGCGCUCCAGUAAUGUAAGCGCCAUGUUGGUGAUGACCAAACCUUUGACUGGACCUAGAGAACAUGUUGUGGACCUGGAGAUGGUCACCCAGAGUAAUGUCUUGAGCUACCGUUCCAGCUCACUGCUGAGACUCACCAUUAUUGUGGGUCCAUACCCUUUCUAAAUCAUCUAGAUCGACCGAAUCAGCACCUUGGUUUUAUGCGUGUACUGCAGCUUACAAUGUUUAAAAUGUUCAACACAGCAUGGCUACCUGGUUGUGGUCUAGAUCAGUGUUUCUUAACUGGUUGGUUGAGACCAAAAAAUGUGUCAGAAACCAGUUCUAAAUCAACCAAUAGAUAUUAAUGGUUGAUUUUAAAGUUUUAUGCGAGUUCACGUUUUUAUGAUGAAUCUUUUGUAUAAUAAAUUUUGAUACUGUGUUGGGUUGCCAUUUAAUGUCCAUUGUAAAAUGUAGGUCUUGAAACAAAACUGGCUGAGAACCACUGGUCUAGAUAGUUGCAUAUUCACUGGGUUUCAAACAGGAAUUGGUUUAUUAAUCAUAAAAUGUAGGUUGUCUGGUUUACUUAAGUUUUCAAGUAACUUGUACUUUGGAAAAUGAAAGACAAGGUAAGAGAGGGUGACAUGAAGACCAAGAAAUAUCUGAAAAACAACACAGCUGGAUACCAGAAGGAAACACAGUCGCUCAAGUUUCAUUCUGAAUAGCACUUACAGGUUAUUCUUUGUUUUGGUAGCAGGAGGUUUGCAAGAUUCUGCUGCAUGUCAGUCUUUUAAAUGGAUAGUUCAUCCAAAAAGUGGGUCUAUCAUUAUUUACCUAUCUUAUGUUGUUGUAAACUCAUAUGACUUUCUUUCUGUAAAACACAGAAGGUGAAGUUUAACAAAAUGUCAUGUUGCUCGUUUCCAUACACUAAACAUGAAUGGAGGAAAAAACUAAAAUUACAAAACACC